CGAACGCGGAACGAUUUUGUUUAUUUUGUUCGCAUGUUUCUUCAUGAGAGCAGCUCCGAGCUCUGAACACGAAGUGUAAAAUCAAAUCUGAUUCAUUACAGUUUUUUUAUCUCAUUUUCUUUAAAAUAGUGGACUGUUCGGAAAAAAAUAUUCCGUAUUUUUGUGCAUUCAAUUUAUUAUAAAAAAGUUCGAAAGUUGCUCAAGUAUAUAGCAUGGAGAAUAUAAACGAUCUUCCAAUCGAGGUUUUAACACUAAUAUUCGAUUAUUUGAGUAUAACAGAUCGCAAAUAUGUUUCACGCGUCUGUCGUCUAUGGAACCAAAUCAUGCACUGCAUACACUUCCAACGGCAGUGUCGAUUAGUGUUCGAUAGCACCUUCGAGGAAGAACUAUCCGAAUUGGAAAAGCGCAUUCUUCGCAGUUGCCGAAAUCUUUCCAUAACGCAUUGGGACGAUGCGGAUGAGGACAGUUACGAUGACGAGGACGAUGAACAGCGGCAGAAGGAAGUUAUCUUUCAGUUCAAAUAUUUAUUCAAACCAAGUCCAGAGCGAAACGUGACAGAUUUGCUUUUCGACGAAGCGCUGCCGCUUGAAAGCCUAGAGAUAAACAGCACUUUCGAUAGUUGCCGGGACAUUAUCGAAGAUCGUUUGCCACAAUUGGAACAGCUUCGAAAGCUUACACUUUCGUUCGAUCAGAAUAGAAGUUCAAAUGGCCCAAAGUCCAACCAAAGUAUAUGGGUCGUUCAACACAAAAGUCUUCAAUCGCUUAGGAUAGAAUUGUCUUAUGAAAUCGAUGCAUUUAGAAUAGACACCCCUUCGCUAACCUAUUUGGAUAUUCAUCCGAAAUGUCGCUGGAGUAUGGAAAUCGUCGAAACAUACUGUCGACAGCUUCAGACCCUGAAAGUACGAUUCCAGCAUGUGGAAUAUAUGGAAGCGUUUCUCUCGUUGCCUUUUCCGAGUUUAAGGCAUCUGCAGGUUCGCAUGUACGACGACAAGGAAACACAGCUGAGAUAUGCUCGGAAUCGGAAUCGUAUACUCGAUGCCGAACGAGACGAACAGUUUGUUAGAGAUAUGCCAAAACUGAGGAAACUACUGUUGGAGAGUAAUCUGAUGUUCUUCCGAAUCGGGGUUCUUCUGUCUAAAUGCAAUCAUCAGUUGGAAGAACUGACAUUAGAGGAACAACAAGUGGACUACGCACAACUGAAAGUGGUAGAAUCUAUGCCAAAGUUAAAGAGUUUAACGCUUUUCCGCUGCGAAGUGUUGAUGCCGUCGCCAAAACUACCAACACUGAAUAUGCCACACCUGGAGAGGUUGGAGUUGUUCUACAACGAAUCGAGCAUCGUGUUCAACGAGGGUCUGUCAGGGUUGAAAUUUCUGAAGAUUUCCUUAUGGACGGAAAAGAACAAUAAAGUAUUGUACAAAAUUUGUAAAAAUCUUCACAAUUUAGAACACUUAGAGGUGCUAGUCAAUUCUAAGUUGGUCAACACGUGCCUUCGUUAUCUGCAUCGCUUGACGAAUCUCCGGACGUUCAAGUUAGACAACAGCGAACCGAAUACCCUCCUCUGGAAACACUGUCCAGUGGUGCCUUCCAUUCGUAAAUUGGUGUUCUACAAUUGCACACUCACCAGUGAAACGAUGCUACCAGUUGCCAGGCUUUUCCCCAACAUGCGUGAGCUUUUCAUUGAUGGUUGCUACUUUAGGAGAGUUGAGGCGGAUGGCAAGGGCGAUAGCGACGGUGAAGACGAUUUGGAUGAAUCCGACAGUGAUCGAAAGAACGACAAUAAGUACCUCAAUGCUGACCGUGUGCGACAGUUGUUUCCUCAGUGUCGAGUGUCGUGCAAUGAAUCGUUUUUCUAUUGGCAUCAUUACCAGUAGAACUGGGGCCUCAUUGCGCAUCUCCUUUCGACAGCACUUUCGUAUGACGGUUUGCAUGAUUUGCUCGUUUCGAAUCGAGGUGCGCAAUGCCACCCCUGGUUGAGAUUAGUAUUAUUUAAAAAAGAUUGUUGACAGAUAAAAAAUAUUUUUUCAUUGAAAAUCA